AUGAGUUAUGGUACUGAGAGUGACAUAUUAUGCUUAAGAAGAGUGAAAGAAACACUUAAAGACCCAAACAAUUACUUGGAAUCUUGGAAUUUCAACAAUAGAACUGAAGGGUUUAUUUGCAAGUUCACUGGUGUUGAAUGUUGGCAUCCUGAUGAAAGUAGGGUUUUGAAUCUCAAACUUUCCAAUAUGGGACUUAAGGGAGAGUUUCCUCGUGGCAUUCAGAAUUGCUCGAGUUUGACAGGAUUAGAUCUUUCGUUGAACAGCCUCUCGAAAACGAUUCCAAAUGAUAUAUCUAGCCUUGUUGCCUAUGUGGUCACUCUUGAUCUGUCUUCGAAUGAUUUUACGGGGGUGAUUCCCGUGUCGCUUUCAAAUUGUACCUAUCUUAAUACUCUUAGACUUGACCAAAACCAACUCACCGGUCAAAUUCCUCUGCAAUUUGCUUCGCUUACGCGGAUUAAGAUGUUUAGUGUUUCGAAUAAUCUUUUGUCCGGACAAGUUCCGAAUUUUAGGGAGGGUAUAGUUACAAAAGAUAACUAUGCAAAUAAUUCAGCACUCUGUGGCGGUCCAUUGGAUGCUUGCGGCGGGUCUUCGAAGACUAACACUGCGGUUAUAGCUGGAGCAGCUAUUGGUGGUGUGACUCUUGCAGCAUUAGUGGUGGGCGUUGGAAUGCUUUUCUAUGUGCGCCGUCUUUCGCACAGGAAAAAGGAAGAAGAUCCCGAAGAAAACAAGUGGGCACGAAUCAUAAAGGGAACCAAAAAAAUAAAGGUUUCGAUGUUUGAGAAGUCGAUUUCAAAAAUGAGCUUGAGUGAUCUCAUGAAGGCUACGAAUAAUUUCAGCAAAAGCAAUGUCAUUGGGACUGGAAGAUCAGGAACUGUUUACAAAGCUGUUCUCGAGGAUGGCACAUCACUCAUGGUUAAGAGAUUGCUGGAAUCUCAACACUCGGAGCAAGAGUUUACAGCUGAGAUGGCUACACUGGGAACAGUGCGACAUCGAAACUUGGUUCCUCUUUUAGGUUUUUGCCUCGCCAAAAAGGAGAGACUUUUGGUCUAUAAAAAUAUGCCAAACGGUACUCUUCACAAUCAACUACAUCCUGAAACUGGCGAAUGCACUAUGGAGUGGUCUACAAGGCUCAAAAUUGCAAUCGGAGCAGCCAAGGGAUUCGCAUGGCUUCACCACAACUGCAAUCCGCGUAUCAUCCACCGAAACAUAAGCUCUAAGUGCAUCCUGUUGGACGCGAAUUUCGAGCCCAAAAUCUCCGAUUUCGGCCUUGCCAGAUUAAUGAACCCGAUCGAUACUCAUUUGAGUACUUUUGUAAAUGGCGAGUUUGGUGAUUUAGGCUAUGUUGCUCCCGAGUAUACAACAACUCUGGUAGCUACACCUAAGGGUGAUGUUUACAGCUUUGGAACCGUCCUUCUCGAGCUGGUAACUGGCGAAAGACCUACACAUAUUUCAAAAGCUCCAGAAACUUUUAAAGGAAAUUUGGUAGAAUGGAUCAUGCAGCUAUCAGUCAAUGCGAGCCUAAAAGACGCAAUCAAUGAAUCACUAACCGGAAAAGGUGUUGAUCAUGAACUUUUUCAGUUUCUUAAAGUUGCAUGCAACUGUGUUACUUCAACUGCAAAGGAGAGGCCAACGAUGUUCGAAGUAUACCAGUUUCUAAGAGAGAUUGGAAGUAAAUAUAAUUUCAUAACUGAGGAUGAGAUAAUGGUGCUUACAGAAAAUGGUGAUGCUGGUAAGUUGGAAGAACUUAUCGUAGCGCGCGAGACGUAA